UCCUGGAGUCCUCCGCUUCCGCUGGGUCGCCGUCGCCGCUCUUGUUCUCUCCCCUGAGAGCUCGGAAGGCCGCUCCCUUCUCCAGCGCUGUACAUCCGCCCGCCUCGGUGGGCCAGACUAGCGACAUGGAGGGUUGCGUCGGGGAGGAAUCCUUCCAGCUGUGGGAGCUCAAUCGACGCCUGGAGGCCUAUCUGACCCGGGUCAAGACGCUGGAAGAGCAGAACCAGCUGCUCAGCGCGGAGCUCGGGGGACUCCGGGCGCAGUCCGGGGAUGCCUCCUGGCGGGCCCGAGCCGACGACGAACUGGCAGCCCUGCGGGUCCUCGUCGACCAGCGCUGGCGGGAGAAGCACGAGGCUGAGGUGCAGCGCGACAACCUGGCUGAGGAGCUGGAGGGCGUGGCGGGCCGGUGCCAGCAGGUGCGGCUCGCCCGGGAGCGGACCAGCGAGGAGGUCGCCUGCAGCCGGCGCGCGCUCGAGGCGGAGAAGAGUGCGCAGGGCUGGCUGAGCUCCCGGGUGGCCGAGCUGGAGCGCGAGGUGGAGGCUGUGCGGGCCGCGCACGAAGAAGAGCGCGCGCACCUGAACGCUCAGGCCGCCUGUGCGCCCCGCCGGCUCCCCGCGCCGCCCCGCGGGCCCCCCGCACAGGCCCCCGAGGUGGAGGAGCUGGCCCGACAGCUGGGCGAAGCGUGGCGCGGGGCGGUGCGCGACUAUCAGGAGCGCGUGGCUCACAUGGAGAGCUCGCUGGGCCAAGCCCGCGAGCGGCUGGGCCGAGCCGUGCGGGGCGCUCGGGAGGGUCGCCUAGAGCUGCAGCAGCUGCAGGCUGAACGCGACGGCCUCCAGGAGCGCAGAGAGGCGCUGGAACAGAGGCUGGAGGGCCGCUGGCAGGACCGGCUGCAGGCCACUGAAAAGUUCCAGCUGGCCGUGGAAGCCCUGGAGCAGGAGAAGCAGGGCCUACAGAGCCAGAUCGCCCAGAUCCUGGAAGGGGGGCAGCAGCUGGCACACCUCAAGAUGUCCCUUAGUCUGGAGGUGGCUACAUACAGGACCCUGCUGGAGGCUGAGAAUUCCCGGUUGCAGACUCCUGGCCGAAGUUCCCAGGCUUCCCUUGGUUUUCAGGACCCCAAGCUGAAGCUGCGUUUCCUUGGGACACCAGAGAACCAGCACCUGGGAUCUGUGCUCCCUGUCCUCAGCCCAACACCCCUCCCUUCCCCCUUGCCUGAUACCCUUGAGACACCCGUGACAGCCUUUCUGAAGACCCAGGAAUUUCUUCAGGCCCGAACCCCCACCUUGGCCAGCACACCUAUCCCACCCAUGACUGAGGCUCCCUGUCUUGCAAAAGCAGAGGUCAGAGCCCAGGAUGCCCCUCUUUCCCUGCUCCAGACACAGGGUGAGAGGCAGCAGGCUCCAGAGCCUCUCUGGGCCAAAGCCACAGCGUCUGUUUCCACCGGUGUCCUCACAGAACUAGAGGAGGCUGGAGGCCAGCAGCCAGGCCACUUCCCUGAGGAUGCGACUGCCUCAGCUCCAUCCCUCAGUCCUCAUCACCCUGUUUUAGAGGCUAAAGAUGGAGACUCCACUGAGUCUAGAGGAUCUAGCAUAUUCCAGGAAGAUGAAGGGCAAAUCUGGGAGCUAGUAGAGAAAGAAGCUGCCAUAGAGUUAAAAGUAGAGAGCAGCUUGGCACAGGAAACACAAGAAGAUGGUCUACACACAGAAGAAAUCCAGGAUUCCCAGGGUCCUUUGCAAAAGGAAACCCUAGAGGCUCUAGGAGAGGAGCCACUUAUGUCUCUGAAAAUCCAGAACCAUGAGACCCCUGGGAAGGAGAAUUGCAAUUCUCUGAGGUCUGUAGACGAGAACCAGGGAACACUAAAAAGCCCAGAAGAAGAAAAACAAACACUACUCAAGUCUUUAGAAGAAAAGGAUGUAGAGGUAGAGAAAACUCUGGAAAAGGGGGUUCCUGAACUGUCUAAGCCUUUAGGAAAAGAAGACCCAAGAAUCGAGGAUCAAGAAUUAAUGUCUCCUGAAGGUACACUAGAGACGCUUUCAUUUAUAGGAAAGAGAAAUGAAGAGGUAGUGAGGUCUUCAGAAGAGGAGAACAUAGAGUCAUUGGCAGCUUUUAAAAAGGAGAGCCAGCAUCCUCUGGGAUGCCCAGAAGAAGAGAUCCAGAGGGUUGAGAGGCUGAUAGAAAAGGAGGGUCAGGAGUCCCUGAGCUCUCCAGAAGAGGAGGACCAGGAGACAGAUAGACCUUUGGAGAAAGAGAAUGGAGAGCCGCUAAAGCCUGUAGAAGAAGAGGACCAGCUGUUUGAGACACUGAUAGAAAAGGAGGGUCAGGAGUCUCUGAGCUCUCCAGAAGAGGAGGACCAGGAGACAGAUAGACCUUUGGAGAAAGAAGAGGACCAGCUGGUUGAGAGACUGGUAGAAAAGGAGGGUCAGGAGUCCCUGAGCUCUCCAGAAGAGGAGGACCAGGAGACAGAUAGACCUUUGGAGAAAGAGAAUGGAGAGCCGCUAAAGCCUGUAGAAGAAGAGGACCAGCUGUUUGAGACACUGAUAGAAAAGGAGGGUCAGGAGUCUCUGAGCUCUCCAGAAGAGGAGGACCAGGAGACAGAUAGACCUUUGGAGAAAGAAGAGGACCAGCUGGUUGAGAGACUGGUAGAAAAGGAGGGUCAGGAGUCCCUGAGCUCUCCAGAAGAGGAGGACCAGGAGACAGAUAGACCUUUGGAGAAAGAAGAGGACCAGCUGGUUGAGACACUGAUAGAAAAGCAGGGUCAGGAGUGUCUGAGCUCUCCAGAAGAGGAGGACCAGGAGACAGAUAGACCUUUGGAGAAAGAAGAGGACCAGAGAGUUGAGAGGCUGAUAGAAAAGGAGGGUCAGGAGUCCCUGAGCUCUCCGGAAGAGGAGGACCAGGAGACAUACAGACUUUUGGAGAAAGAGAAUGGAGAGCCACUAAAGCCUGUAGAAGAAGAGGACCAGAGAGUUGAGAGGCUGAUAGAAAAGGAAGAUCAGGAGUCCCUGAGCUCUCUGAAAGAGGAGGACCAGAGGAUUGUGAAAACUCUAGAAAGAGAGAAUUGGGAAUCUCUGCGGUCUCUUGAUGAAAACCUGGACACUGUUAUGCCACUAGAAAGCAAGAACCAGAAGCCACUGAAAUCUCUAGAAGCAGAAGAGGAGCAGAGAAUUGUGAAACCUCUAGAAAAAGUGAGCCAGGACUCCAUCGGGUCUCUAGAAAAAGAGAAUGUGGAGCUACUGAGGUCUCUAGAAGACGACCAGAUAACUGAGAGUCUAUUAAAAAAAGGGACUCAGGAGUCCCUGGAAUCUCAUGAAGAUAGAAACCAGGAGACCCAAGAUCCACAGAGAUUUCUAGAAGAGGAGGGCCAAGGGAUUGUGAAACAGCUAGAAAAAGAAAACCAGGGCUUCCUGGGGUCUCUAGAAGAAGAGAAGGUGGUCAAGAGAUCUCUAGAAAGAGAGAACCAUGAACCACUGAGUUCUGUAGAGAAGGACUGGGUGACUGAGAGCCUGCUAGAAAGAGAGAGUCAGGACUCAGGAAAGUCUCUUGAGGGCCAGGAGGCCUUUAGAUGUCUGGGAAAAGAGGAUCCAGAGUCCUUGCAAUUUCCUGAAGUUCAGGACCAAGAGAUACAGAGAUCUCUUCAACAAGAGACUCAGCAGACACUGGGGGCUCUCGGGGAUGAGCAGAUGGCAUCGGAACCACCAGAAAAGGUGGGUCCAGAGUUACUGAAGUUUCUUGGGAAUGGCCAGGAAAUAGUUAGAUCUCUUGAAGAGCAGAACCAAGAGUCACUGGUGUCAGUGAAAGAAACAAGUGUGGAGACAGCGAAGUCUUCAGACAUGGAGGACAUAGAACCGCUGAAGAGUGCAGACGAGGACCUGGAAAUAAUCAACUCUGCAGGAGCUCAAGAGUCACUAUGGUCUAUGGAAGUGACUAGAGAGACAACGAGACCCCUAGAAAAAGAAGUCCAAGAAUCACUGGGGUUUGUGGGUGGGAACCAAGAGAUACUGAGACCCCUUGAGAGGGGGAAUGAGGAGUUGGGAUCUCUGGGCAAGUGGAACCUAGAGGCUGUGGACUCUCCAGAAGCGGUGGAGGAGGGCAGGCAACCCCUGGGAGAGGAAGCAUGCCUAGAGAUGGGAGAACACCAGGAACCGCCGAGGUCUCUGGGAGAGGUGGAGCAGGGGCUGCCUGGCUCUGGAAAUCAACAAAAGUGGGAGGACAGGGCAGUGGAGAACGCAGCAGCCGAUCAGGGCCCAACCCUAGGGAGGACGGGAAUAGAAAGUGAGGAUGAGGCAGAGCUGCCCCUGAGUGGGCAAGGAGAGAAGGAAGAAGAUGCUGAGGAGAGGGAGCUGCAACUAGACGCCAUGGGGGAGGCCUGGAGCCUGGCGAGCUCUGAGCCCCAGGAGCCGAGGGUCCCUAGUGAGGGAGGGAGUGCUGGGGCCCCCCAAGGCUUGGAGGGUCAGUCAGAGCAGGUGGGGGUCCUAGGGGUCCCAGUUGGUCAGGGAAUGCCAGAGGUGACAGAGCCCCUGUUGCAAGAGGAUGUAGCCCAAGCAGGUAAGCGAGACCCGAUAGAGCUUACCCUGGGCUCAGACGCUGCUACCAGAGCCGGGCUGGGCCUGGAGCAGGAAGUGGCAGGGUCAGGAGGGUCAAGGCAUCUGGCCAGGGAGGAGGCCAUCCACCCAUCCCUGGGGGAGGAAAGUGUAGAGGCAAAGAUAGCUCACGACUUGGAAGGGCCUGGAAAAGAACCGAAGGAGGCAGGUGCCCUGGAGUCAGAGAUCUCUGAAUUGCCCAGGACUAGCAGUGAUGUUCUGGAAUCCAAGGGCUGCAAGCAGUCAGAGCCUGUGUUGGGAUGGGCAGUGGAGGAAGCCUCGGUGGAGGCCUCAGACCAUGAGGGCAGUGAUGCCCCUCAGCCCAGGCCCUCAGAGACAGAGGGAGAUGAGGGUGCACAGGCAGCACUAGCACCCCCUGGUCCCAAGCUCAUGGAACCCUGUUCACCCACCCCAAUCCUGAAAGAUGCCUAUGAGUGGCAGCCCCAGGCUGAGGGCACCCGGGAAACUGGGCGGCAGCUAGAAGGUGGGUCUGCAUCACUGGAAAGGGUAGAAGAUGAGCAAGAGUUUGGUCUUGGGGGGAUCCCCGAGGGCCUCCAGGAUUGGGAGGAGAGCAGAGAGGAAAGCGAGGCUGAUGAGUUAGGUGAAACUCUCCCUGACUCUACUCCCCUGGGCCUCUACCUGAGGUCCCCUACCUCCCCAAAGUGGGACCAGGCUGGAGAGCAGAGGCUCUCCCCUCAAGGGGAGGCCAGGAAGGAAGGCUGGGGUCCUGCUGUCCCGGCUGCCCAGGGCCUCAGCAACCCACCGGGGGAGGAGGAGCGAGGCCAUGACUCUGACCUAUCAUCUGAGGAGUUUGAGGACCUGGGGACUGAGGCCUCUCUUCUUCCAGGACUUCCUAAGGAGGUGGCAGAUCAUCUGGGCCAGGUACCCCCAGGGCCAGAGCCUGAAUGCUGGGAUCAGGGUGGGGAGUCUGAUGGGUUCGCUGAUGAGGAAGAGAGUGGGGAGGAGGGAGAGAGUGGGGAGGAGGGAGAGGAAGAAGAGCAUGAGGACGGGACUGAGUCAGGGGCUCAAUGGUGGGGGUCAGGACCCUCCAAGGUCCAACAUGUCACCCAAAGAGGGGACCUCCAGGAACACGAGUCUGUGGGUAUCAGUGGUCCCUGGGAUGAUGGCUGGAGAGGUGCUGCAGCUGGUAUCUCUGUGACUGGCCUGGAAACUGAGUCUCAGGACAGUGCUGAGCCUUCUGGGUCAGAGGUAUCUGAGUCUGUCUCCUCAGAGGGGGAGGAUCAAGCCCCUGACCAUUUGGAUACCCCCCAAGGGGUGACUAACGUGGUCCCAGGGGCAGGAGACACCUUCGGUAUCAGUGGCCAGGCCCCCAACUUGGAGUCAGAACACAUGAACGGGAGGUUGGAGAAUGGGUUAGAGCAGUCUGAGGGGCAGGGAGUCCUGGACAGGCACCAGGAUCAAGGACACCCUUCGCAGCAACAGGAAGUGGGUGCCUUAAAGGCCCCUUUGUUAGGGUCUCCUGUGCACCGAGGCCCAAGCCAGUCCCUGGAGUUCCCUUUGAGUGGGGCAGAUAGAGAUUCCUGGUCCUCGGGGGAAGACUAGACAGUGCUCCUCUGAUGCUGAGGGCUUCAUGGUGGGGGGAUGUCCUCCCUGCUCGGGGCCAGCACCCUCAGUUUCGAUAGCUUGACCUGUGGUGUCUGUCCUGGAGAGGUGUGGCGGGCUGAGGGAGAUGAGGUCCUGUCAGGGCCAUCUUGCUUGGAUUGUCCUGAAGGCUCAAGCUGAGUCCCGGCACUAGGCCCCCUUUCUUCUGCAUCUCCCUGCCAGGAGAAGCCUGGCUCUGAGCUUUCCCCUGGGGCUGCUCUGGCCAGGUCUUGCUAACCCUGCCUGUCUACAGUAGAGCCAUCCUCACCAUGUCUGGUCUGGCCUAUACCCAGAGGAGCUGAGGGCAGCAAUUGUGACCACCGACCUAUCAUCUUAUCUCAGCCUGCUGAGAUUUUGUUCUGCUCUUCCUUGUUUGAAUAAAGUUGUGUCCCUCCCUACAAA